UUCAAUUGGACACCGGAUGGACGGAGGUUGCAUGUCAAUAAAUCGCUAUAUAAGAAAACGACGCAGCGGCAUUAGCUCAUUAGUCAAGUACGGUUUUUCCACGGCAAUUGUGGCUUUCCGGCUGUUCCUCCGCUGUAUCGUGUUAAUACUAUUACAAUGAAGAUAUUGUUGGUCACUGUUGCAUUGCUCAUAGCCAUUGAGGCUGAAGCCCACCCGAGUUGGCAAACUUAUCCUGACUUCCAAAAUGGAAGAGGAAAUAAUCCUGGCCGCGGUACACCUUGGGCAUAUUCACAACAAUACCCACAACAUGCCGAAAACCAGAAUAAUGGAUUCAGUUCCGAUGUUGAAUGGGUAUGCCAAAACCCAAGGACAAGAGAUAUAAUGAUUAUUGCCUCCGAUAACACGCGACAUACGCCACAACAGUAUCCCGGUAGAGGACCAUGGUGGCAAUGGCACAAUGUUCCACCAGGGCACCAAAUGGAGCAUCACCAUAAUCACGGAAAUCGUUGGACUCAACCAAUUAUUAUUAUCCAAGAAACUCCGGACUCGGAUAAAAAUCAAACACCGUCACCACUUCCAACAACACCAAAUAUUCCUAAUAAUAAUGACAGACAAACAACAACGCAAUCUCCAGUUUAUCAUGGUGGAGAAGGGUCUAUCGAUAUUAGAGUCGGGGCAAACUAAUAAAUAUAAAUUCAAUAAUAAUUAAACGAAAUAAAUCAAAUUAAACGGGAUGUAAUCCCAAUACAAGCCAACCACAAGCUUUUGCUAUGUAUAGCAAAAUAUGUAUUUAUUUGACGUAUUACAAAACGUAGAUGUUUCGCUCCUAAGUUAAAAUCAUUUACAGUACAAAAUUGUUGUGAGUGUUACAUGUUUAAUGAUUGCUCAGAUUAAUUAAAAUGUUGCAAAUGAGUAUCGAGCUCCAUACGUUAAAUUAUCCACAUAUACAAAGUGUCACAAAAUAUUUGUUUAUGCUCUCGUGGAUUACUAGAGCAAGUAAAACUGAGAAGAAAAGUCCUUUACCAUUUUUCAAAAUUCGUGAUAGUUAGCGAGAUAAAAAUUAAUAUAUUUGGCAAAUGAGCACAUUUCCCUUCCCACCGCCCGCAGGAACCGCCCGUCGAUCGCCAAACCUUAGACGCGGCAGGCGGCGCAGUGAGGUAGAUAAGACUAGAGUCCCUAGAAGUAGAAAGUCUGAACAUCUGGCCCUAAAAUGUCGGUGAUGAAUAUGUUAGGGUAUGUAUGUGAGCUUUAUGUGUGUGUAUGUUUAUCAUUGUGUGCACUUAACGUGUGUAUGCUGUUAUCGCAUUGGCUAAAGAGGAUUAAACAGGGAUCCGUAUUGGUGCUGCCAUUUUAGGUGCACAAUCACGUGCAUCCAAUCACGUGAAACCCCGAGAUGUCUAGACUCUCUAUUUCUAGGGACUCUAGGUAAGACAGCCAUUGCUGGUUCUCCCUUCUCAACGCGCCGCCUGCCGCGGCUGCCUAUGGUUUAGCGACCAACAGGUUUCCGCGUGCGGUGGAUAGGGAAAAUAUGUGCUCAUUUGCGCAAUAUAUCAAUUUUUAUCUCGGUAACUAUUGCAAAUUUUGAAAAGUGGUAAAAGACUUUUCUUCUCAGUUUUACUUGCUCUAUCAACCCACGAGAGCAUGAACAAAUAUUUUGUGACAUCCUGUAGAUUAAUUUUGUACUAUAGAUGAUCCCACUUAGAAAAUGUCUACGCUUUACGACGUAAUACGUCAAAAUAAUACAUAUCAUGUUCUACACACAAAGAUUGUCAGCUUGUUGUUGGCUUGUAUUGGCAUUAUAUCUUAUUUAAUUUGAUUUAUUUCGUUCAAGUUUAGUUCUUUGCGAUUUUAAACAGAUUAAUUUGUAAUUUUAUAUUAAAUUGGUUUAAUUAAAUAGUAGAAUUAUUUAAUUUA